CUCGGACAUUAAUUAAAUGGAUUUGGGUUUUGUGUUAAAGUUGACAUGAUGUAUUUGGGCGUUGUAUACAUUCCACAACGUCAGUGAGGGAAACGCCCACUGCUGUCAGAUGGCAUCUGACUAGCGUGAACAGCAGCAUAGGGACUCUUUUGUAUUGUUUAUGUAAAAUUGACUGUUCUAAUAUUGAAAUAUCAGUAGGGUAUUCUUAGAUGGUAGGAUUAGGUUAGAUGGUAUUCAGUUUUCAUCAAUGAAUGCUUUCUCUAUUCAGUGAGAAGUUUCUGUUGGAGUUUUUUUUUUUGCGUCUAAAAAGCUGCAAUGGCUACCGGUGGGCCAGUGCCCGUGGUUCCUCUCCAAUGUGUGACCAAGGUGGAGCUGACGAUCUCUUGUGAGAAUCUAAUGGACAUGGAUGUGUUCUCCAAGUCUGAUCCACUCUGUGCGUUGUACAUCGAAUCAGGAACUGGCUGGUAUGAGUUUGGUCGCACAGAGAUGGUUCUGAACUGCCUUAAUCCAAGGUUCUCCAAGAAGUUUAAAAUUGACUACUUCUUUGAGACGCUUCAAAAGCUGAAGUUCUGCGUGUAUGACAUCGACAACGACACGUAUGACCUGGGAGACGACGACUUCCUGGGAGAGCUGGAGUGCACUUUAGGCCAAAUUGUGUCGUGUAGAAGGAUGACUCGCCCUCUUCUGCUGAAGGACAGGAGGACAGCCGGGAAGGGAACCAUCACAAUCUGCGCUGAGGAGAUUCAGGACAACAGAGUGGCUCAUUUUGAAGUUUCAGCUCGGAAGCUAGACAAAAAGUAUUUGUGGUGGUCCGACCCUUUCCUGGAAUUCCACAAGCAGACAGAAGCUGGGUGGCAGCUGGCCCACAGAACUGAGGUGGUGAAAAACAACCUGAAUCCAACAUGGAGGCCCUUCCGUAUCACUGUGCAGUCGCUCUGUGGAGGCGACGUGGAGAAACCCAUCCGAGUGGACUGUUACGACCACUACACGAACGGCGCCCACAGCAUUAUCGGAUCCUUUGUGACCACCCUGUCACAGUUGGAAGCCGGCACAUACACAUCUCCGGCUGAGUUUGCGUGCGUGAACAGGAAAAAGUCUGAGAGGAAGCCAGGCUACAAGAAUUCUGGUGUCAUUUGCAUCAAGAGAUGUGAGGUGGUGAAGGAGUACACCUUCUUGAAUUACAUCAUGGGGGGCUGCCAACUCAACUUCACGAUAGCCAUAGACUUCACAGCCUCCAACGGGGACCCCCGGAGCCCCCAGUCCCUCCACUUCAUCGACCCCCAGGGCUACAACGAGUACCUGGCGGCCAUCUGGGCCGUGGGCUCUGUGGUCCAGGACUACGACAGUACCAAAACCUUUCCCGCCUUCGGGUUUGGAGCCAUCGUGCCUCCCACUGGGACGGUGUCCCAUGAGUUCCCGAUAAACUUUACGCCAGAUUAUCCAUUCUGUCAUGGCAUCGAAGGGGUGGUGUCUGCCUACCAGCAGUGUCUGCCCGUAGUGAAGCUCUACGGACCCACCUGCUUCGCCCCCAUCAUCAACCACGUGGCCUGCUUCGCCAGACAGGCCAUGCAGCAGAACACUGCCUCGCAAUACUUUGUUCUGCUCAUCAUCACCGACGGCGUGAUCACGGACAUGGACCAGACACUAACUGCCGUCGUCAACGCCUCCCGCCUCCCCAUGUCCAUCAUCAUCAUCGGGGUGGGCGCGGCCGACUUCAGCGCCAUGGAGUUCCUCGACAGCGACGACAAACUGCUGCGGUCGUCGCGGGGCGACGUGGCCUUCCGUGACAUCGUCCAGUUUGUGCCUUUCAGGGCAUUCAAGGCAAACAGCAUUGCUCUAGCUCAGAGUGUCCUGGCAGAGUUGCCCGACCAAGUGGGCCACUUUUUCAACUUCUUCAAACUGAAGCCUCCCAAUGAAGUCUCCAGUCAAGCAAGCACUCUAUAGAGAAGGAAUUCCCUUGCAUUGUGCUACUGGUCAAGACUCAAAUCAAAGUAAAAGGACAAACCAGACCCCAAGACUACCGGUGGCCCCCGUGACUCACGCAUGGUUAGUUGAAAGUGUUAUCUCUUGGAACAUUCAGGAUGUUCAUAUUCAUACGUAUAUGCAUUACCAACAGAAUGACUAUCAACAUGGAAUGAAUUAAAGGAUAGGAGCUGCAGGCUUAUAUAACUGCCUUGACAUUAAGGUUGUUUUUAAUAAUUGUAUUCAGAAUUAUAGUGUUAAAAACAACAUUAUCAGUCUUCUGUGUGUGCCUGUAUGCUUCAUAUAUUUCUUGAACUUCAUAACUGUUUUAGAUUGCUUUAUGUCACUCAUCUUCUAAAAAUAAAAUUGUAAACGCAGAAUUCA